GCACGUCUCUCUCUCUCUCUCUCUCUCUCUCUCUCUCUCUCUCUCACACACACACAAUAAGUAUAUGCAGAGGGGAAUAUAAAAGUGGAUCUAAUCUAGUAGUUAUCAACUAAUUGCUUCUUUUAAAAGCAAUUUGAGCUUCCGAGACCAUCGACGACGAACAGAGAUCAACUACUAUGUUGGACGGAAUUCUAGGGCGAGGGUUUACCUCCAAAUGCAAGUCGUUGAUCAAGCCGACGAGGACUCGAAUCGAGCUGAUGCGGAGGAGGGAGGAGGCGACGCAGAGGUUUCUCAAGGGAAAUCUGGCUAAGCUGCUGUCUAACGGCCUCGACAUCAACGCCUACGGAAGGACUGAAGAAUAUAUUGCUGGAUUGAACCUCUUGUCAUGUUAUGACUUCAUCGAGCAGUCCUGUGAAUUCAUAUUGAAGCAGCUUCGUGUCGUCCAAAAACAGAGGGAAUGCCCAGAGGAAUGCAGGGAGUCUGUGGGAUCCCUGAUGUUUGCUGCCGCAAGGUUUUCUGAUAUGCCUGAGUUACGCGAACUCAGAGACACAUUUCAGGAGAGAUACGGAAGUUCUCUGGAACAUUUCGUAAAUCAUGAGUUUGUUGAGAAAAUGGCUUUGAAACCUCCCACAAUGGAGAAGAAACUCCAGUUGUUACAAGACAUAGCAUUAGAAUUCUCGUUAAAUUGGGACUCCAAGGGUUUUGAGCAGAGGAUGGAUAAUCCCCCUGCAUUUGCACUGGACCAACCAAAGAAAUACAUGUCUGUACACGGUAAUGAUGAGAAAUUCAAAUUACCUAUUAGCAUGGAAACAGCCACAAAGACUGAUAAACGAAAUGAAUUGUCUAAAGGGAGGACAGAGCCUACAAAGGACAUGCGCAAUUGCAAGGAAGAUAGUUUCUUGAAGAGAGAUGAGUUGGACCGUCAGUUCUUGAGAAGAGAGGAAUUGACUGGUGAUAGGGAUAAGCCACUUACUCCGAAAAGAGACAACAAUGGUAUUCCCUAUCAAGGAAGACGAGAACUUGUUGCAGAAAAGCAUGAUUCUCUGAAUGGGAAAGAGGAUAAUGCCCUAAGAAUAGUUAGACCAGGCCAUUCACCACGCGGGAAAAGGACAGAAUUUGUGGAGUGUGGAUAUGAGGUGCAGAAUGGUAUGAUGAACAUUGUCUCCAAACGAGAUGGUCAGGCCCCCGUAACAGAUAGAAAGCCAGAAGUCACUGCAAGAGUUACAACAGUCCCAUCAGCUGGUAAUAGCCAUUAUGGUCGACCAGAAAUGGCUAACCCAAGAAGCUCAAUUCAGGAGGAAGAAACGGAGAGGUUGAAGUCGUACCCAAGUAACGCCCUACCUCCACCAUACCUGAAAUCAAAAGAUAAAUUCGUACCUCCACCCUAUAUAAAGUCAAAAGAUGGAAAUUGUGGAGCUAGUACAGAAGCUAAGCAUGCCAGUUUUGAGUUUGAUGGUACUGCUGUGAACCCUUCAAUGCGUAACAGAGACGGUGUGGUGCUAAGGUCAGAGAAGGCCCAUAGAGAAUCAGAUCAUUCAAGCCUUGAGGACCAAGUUGUUGGAUCCACGGAGAGAGUUCUACCGUAUCGGAAUGAUAUACCGCUGCCAAGGCCAAGAUCAAUUAGGAGAAAGCCCUCCAAAUUGUCAUCCAAUCGUGAUGAUCUUGGUAAUAGCGAAGAUGCCGCAGGAAAGGGAAGUUCAAGUAGCAGAAGAAGGGACGACCCAAGAAGGGGUUCGCCAAUCUUGUUUGAAGAGGACCAAUAUUGGAAAGAUGAAGAGGAAAGGAAGAUAGAUAAACUCCUGCUACAUUACAGUACGAAACCAUCAACCUUUGACCCAGACAAACUAAGGAGAAAGUCUAGACCUCAUGCUUCGGACCAGAUACCUGCUGCAGUUGGUGAGACAUCUCAUUAUAGAAUAGCAGGCCGCAAUACGGUGGAAGCGAUGGUUCCUCUUCCAUCAAGAUCUGUUUCUCUCCCUCGUGAGCCAACUGCUAUGCCAGAGGUAGUAAAAAAUUAUACUCGUGCCAAUUCCUUUCAGCCGGAGAAGCAUGUACAUCCCAAAUUACCAGACUAUGAUGAUUUGGCCGCCCGGUUUGCUGCCAUGAGGGGGCGGUGAAGGGGGAAAAGCAAUCACAAAUUCAGGGUUUAGUACCAUUGUUUACUCACAUGACUGUCUGUAUCCAUUAGUUCCCGUAAAUUCUCCUACAAGUAUUCUUCCAUGCUUGGACCUACAAGUACAUGGCUUUGCAAUUCAAUUACCAAACCGGAGCUGUUUUUCUCUCUUGUAUGCAGUUGCCACAUAUAGGGAGUUUGAUUUCCUUUCCUCUGCUGUUUGGUUUAGUGGUUGUAACAAUUAACAAAACAUUAGAUACGACAUUUUCCAGAUUAGUACCUAGUAUGUGAGUUGAGAUUGAGAUUGGUGCUA